GUAUGCCUAUUUUGAGAAGAAAAGAUCAAUAGAAAGCCAAAAAUUUGAACUUGAAAUUCAUUAUUGACUGCACAGAACCAAAGGAAGAUAAAGUAAUUCAUAGUGGCAUAAUUCCCUAUGAUAGGUUUUGAACUUGGAUGAAUUUGUGAGCUAUCUUCAAUCCAGAAUCAAGGUUUAAGGAAAGACCGGAAAUCUUGGUAACGAUGUCACAGUUACUGCCGAAUAAGAGAAAGUUGUUGUCACAUCCACAAUCCCAUUCUCCAAGAGAUACCUCAAAUAUUUAACAAAGAAAUAUUUGAAAUAAGAAACCUUAAGAGAGUAUUUGUAUGUGCAUUCACUUGACAAAUCCACAUACUAAUUGAAGUAUUUCAAUGUAGGCUAAGAUGAAGAAGAAUAAAAAUGAUC